AUGACUCAAAAGUACGCUAAAGACCAGCCCUCAGGCUUCACCAACCGCAUCGAACGCGUCGCCAUCGUCGGCGCUGGCGGAACCGUGGGCAAAUAUAUCACACAGGAACUUCUGCAGACAGGGCAACACACCGUAACCGCGCUCACGCGCGCAGACAGCAAAAGCACCCUCCCCGCAGGAGUCUGCACCGUCACCGUCGACUACAACGAUGAAUCCACGCUCGUCUCGGCCCUGCAAAACCAACAAUUCCUCAUCAUUACCCUGAGCGUCACUGCGCCCCAUGACACCCAGAGCAAGCUUAUCCAGGCCGCUGCGAGAGCCGGCGUCCCGUACAUCAUGCCCAACUGCUACGGCGUGGACAUCACCAACGAGAAACUGCGCAAGGAGAUGUUGGGCGGGGAGCCGGUGCGCCAGGCAUGUGCCGCGAUCGAAGCGACCGGGGUCUCGGUUUGGGUGGCGCUGGUGUGCGGCUUCUGGUACGAGUUUAGUCUUUCCACCGGGCCGGAGUGGUUCGGGUUUGACUUCAAGGAGAAGAAGGUUACGUUUUACGACGAUGGGAAUGCCAGGAUCAAUGUGAGUACGUGGGAGCAAUGUGGACGGGCUGUCGCGGCUUUCUUGAAGUUCAGGGAGUUGCCGGAGGACGAGAACGAUCGGAGCCCGACGGUGAGUGGGUGGGCUAACAGGCCGCUGUUUAUCUCGAGCUUCCUGGUCAGCCAGAAGGAUAUGUUCGAGAGCUGGAAGAGAGUGACUGGGGACAAGGAGGAGGAUUGGACGAUUGAGUAUGAAUCCACCGCUGAGCGCUACCAGCGGGGCAUCGAGAGGAUGCAGAAGGGUGAUCGCAGAGGCUUUGCGCAGGCCAUGUAUGCGCGUGUCUUCUAUCCGAACGGGGAUGGGGACCAUGAGAGCAGACGGGGGCUGGAUAAUGCUGUGCUUGGACUGCCUCGGGAGGACCUUGAUGAGCGGACCAGACAUGCGAAGGAGAUGGUGGAUAGCGGUUAUUCUUACUUUUGA